UUCUAACUAUUAUCCGGCAAAGUUGGACCUGCUGUGAGAGUGGAUAUGAUUGGUCAAGGAAGAAAUAAGUACCACACCUUUUUAAUCCAUACUGUCUGUGUAGAUGCAUCCAAUGUUUUCUUACACAAUUGCCACCUAACCCAUAGAGUCCUUUGUUUUCAUGCCCAUUGAUUAUUUUUUAAGUCCCUCUCAACCCCUGCGUCCUGUACCUAUUCCAUUUCCUGUGUGAUAGAUACAAUUAUGUAAAUUUAAGAUUUGUUUAUGUAAAAUUUAAAGUCAAGAUUAUAUUUUUAGUAACAGUCAGUCAUUGUUUGGCUCUUAGAUCUACUAGAAAAAAAUAUCCUAUUAGAAAGAAGUGGACAAAGCACUGUUAUUAUUAAUAAAACUUACCGUACAUCACUUUUUUGUUACUUAAUAAAAGUGUUAAUUGUUAUUGAACGUCAUGAGAUUAUUUUUGAGAUAGUCACCUAUAAAAGUAGUUAAUAAAACUUUAUUUAUGAUGGUUAAAUGACAGUAAGAGUCAAAAUAAAGUAAAACUGUAAUUAUGUUAUGAUGAUGUCAGAUGAUUAAAAAAAAAAGUAUUCAUACAGGAUUAGGUAAACAAGCAAGUCCAUAUUUUAAAGGGUGUGUGUCUUUUGUUUGAGUGAGUGUGUAUCUAAAAUAUAUGUAGCUUGAGCAUUUUUUUUGUGUUAGUGUUAAGUGUUUUUAUCUAUAGGACAGUUAUCUUAUUGUACACAACUUGGGGUGUUCGACAUUUCUCUCCUGCAGCGAAUUGGCCCUAUUAGCUAAGCAGCAAUUACCCGGUUUGUAUUUGCACGCUCUGCUUCCUUACUCCUAUCUUUAGGGUCCUUGUAACGCUUCUCUUUUUUUCUCUCUAUCUCUCCCUAUUUCACCACUUUUUUUCUGCUUUACAACUGUCACACUUCUCAUCUGUUCUGUCUCUCUACCUCUAUUUCUUGCUCCCUACCUACUACACAGUGAUUCGGUGUACAGUACCCUCUGUCAUUCUGUGCUGGCAUGGUGCUUGUGCAACUGGGACUGCAUUUUUCGCUGAAGAGGCAUAUCGAUAAUAGUGCAGGCAGCUAUCUUCUCUCUGUCUCUCUUUCUCUCUGUUUAUCCCCCCUUUUGUCUCUGAAGCACUGUGGUGAGCAGGCCCAAACUCUUCUGUCCUCAACCGAAUUUCAAAACUUCCUCACAUCCACUUUAAAAUGCUUUGUGAAGCAGUGCUGUCAGCCAGUGAGGUGCAAAUUGUUCAUUUAAUCAUCAGAUGUUUGGCUCUUAAAAGUACGAUAUCCCCUUAAAGAGAAUAAAAGUAAAUUGCUACAAUUUUUGUCACAAAUCCUACAACUAUGUUAGUGAUUGAAAUGUAAACAUCCUUAACAGUUUAGUUUGUGUUGUACGCUCUCUGGCAGCACCUCAAAGCAUGUCCUCAAUUUGUGUGGGUUGUGGGAAUGGAGUAGAGAAAAGAGGUGGCCUGCUCAUCCGGCUUGAGUGGCUCUUUUGCUCCUGCGCUAUUAUUUGUGGAGGGGGUUGAGGGCUGCGCUGCAGCAUCACAUAGCUCUUUACCCAUAUAUAGACAAAUUGCUGUGGCUAAACUACUGUCCAGUAUUACAAACUCAUUCAAGAUAACAGAUUAGAUUUUAAAAGCUUAAUGUUUGCACAGCAAGCUGUAUAUAUUUUUUAGAUGUAAUUCAUGUUGUAUAAAUAUUUGGCUUAGAUUAAAUUAAAAUGAUAUGUUUUCAGAAUCAUGGAAGGAUUAAAAUAAAUUCAGUUGCUUUCAUUAUUAAUUCAUAUUACAUCUAAAAUGCUGUGAAACAUAAUUGAAUAUAAAUGUUAAUUGAACAUUUCCUCCCUCCUAAGAGGCAAAUCCCAAAUGUAAUAGUAUAAUUGUAGUUUUCCACAAAUCUUACAGCCUUUAGUGAAUGCUUCGGCCCAGUUUCUCAUAGCCCCUCACUUGCCAUUUAUUGUGUGUGGUUCAUAGGCAGCUAGAGGUCUGUGGUACUUUUGGGAUCUCUUUUCUCUCCUUGUCUCCCUCUCUCUGGUCUUUUGAUAUUUAUUUUUUUUCUAACACUGUUUUUGCAUUGCAUGUGUUAACCUGUUAGCAUUCAGUGCAGUUUCUUCUGAAUACUCGUCUUAAUCACUACAACAGUUUUAUUUCCCCCAAAUCAUUCCUCUCAUGUUUCUUGUCCCCUCAAGACCCCCCCGUUCCUUAAUCCCACCAUUCUCCAUCCUCCCUUUACCCUCCCCAUCCUCAUAGCGAUAUGCAGCGGGCAGCCUCAGAGCCACAGAAGCCACACAUGCAUAUAAUUGGGCUAAGGGAUAAACUUGUUUUAGUUUGUUUUAAACAGUUUAAUACACUAGUUAGUGGUUAAACUACAACAUAAAUCAGUUGUAACUGAAGUAAAUUAUGAUUUACACAAUUAUGUGUCACUUAUUAUAUGAAUAGAACUCAUGAGCACUAUAUUUUUUAAUGCCCUGUUCUUUUUUUGUUUAUUAUAACAUAACAACUAUUAUAUUUAUAUUAUUUAGCAGUAAAGGUAGUUGGUAAAAAAUCAUUGAAAUCUACACCUGCCUUCCAAGUGAAUUUUAUGAAGAUUGGAUAAAAAAAAAAAUACGACCCGAAAAAUGUUGCUAAACUACUUUGCAUAAUUUUGUUAAAUCUACAAAAUUUGGACAUUAGAAUAGUUGGGUAAGUAUGUACCAUUUAACUUGUUUAAGUAAAUAGUUUUUUUGUAAUAUUUUAUAUUAAUCUAAUAAUAAACGCUUCAAAUAUUUGACAUUAAAUCUACCGUGAAUUGUUCUGCACUUACUGCACAUGACAUUUAGGUUUAACUUGAGUGUGUGGCAGCUCCCUAUGGUGUCUCUCAGUCUUUUUUAGAACAUGCUGACUCUGUAAUCCGUCAAGGAAAGUGACAGAAAAACAUCUUAGUUUACUAUCUAGCAAGUCUAAUAUGUUUUUUUACAUCUUGAACAGCAAUAAAUAACAACCAAUAACAAUGGCUAUAUGCUUAUAGUAAAACGUAACGCUCUGAGGUCUCCAGAUGGGGUCCCUUGCAUAUCACUCCCCUUUGUCCAUAUUUUUUUGCCAUGCACUGUGCAGAUGGACAGCACACUGCAUAUCCCUUUUUAAAGAUCACUUUUGUUUUUAUAACAAUUGGUAUAUUGAUUUUCUUUCUUCUGUAUUAACAGUCCGUUGGUGGAUUUAUUGAAAUGCCUACCUUUUCUGUUUGUAUGUAGUCUUAUGUUUAUUUAAAGGCAGAGAGCUAUGUAAUUGUAAGAGCUAGAGAAGCUAGCAGAAUUGCAGUUGAAAGCGUUUGGCUGGUUUCUUACGUUGUGUUACGUGUGACUGUUUUUUUGACAGCCCAGUAUUUUAAAGCCAGGUUCGUAUGGAAAUGCCUUCACUCCACUUGCACUGCUGUUGGACUCGUCGUCGUUGCUUUCAUCCGUCUGUCUUAUUCUUUUGGUGCAAUCAUCUGUUUUUCAACACCUGGACUGCACCUCAUCUCUGCCCUCUAACACAGCUCAUUUUGACCUAAUCUCUUGAUUGUUCACACUUGCAAGCUGUUGCCUCAUCCAACCUGUUUUUCCUGUUUUUAUUAAAGCGUAAUUUAAGUUCUGCGAAUUUAUUAGUUUGUUUUUGCAAUGUUUUUCAUUGAUGUGAAAAAUAGAACUGAAUAAAAAAAAAGCCAAACAAACUUUUUUCAAACAACCAGUUUUAUAAAAAUAUUCUGAAGUAGAUAACUCAAGAAUGAACUACUAUAUUUCCACGAUCUAAAAAUGACCUUUUUAGUGUUAUACCUCAGUAAAGCUUAGGAUCGGUGUCAGCCUAUAGCAAGAGUAUUGCUUUUGUAUUGUACUUUGCAUAAUUUCCACAUUUUUUUGAGGCAAAUGACACGACCAAAGAGGUUCCUUUUACUUUUAUAUUAUAAAAAGUAUGUGUAGGUUUAGUGUUGUAACCUUACUUUAAUCAAAAAUUUAAAAUGGAAAGUUUUUAUCAUUGUAAAUUUUGUAGAGCAUGAAUACUGCUAAUAAGUCUUUUCUACAAAUUACUAAGACCAAUAACCAAUGAAGCACACCAACCACAAUCUUUCAUUUGAAGUGUCACAUAUCGCUAUUAGUAAUCCUGAUAGGCACUAACAAUAAAUAGCAUGUUAACAUAAAGAACAGCUACCAAAAGACUAGUAAGUUCUUAGCAAUAGAGUUUCAUAAUCACUUUAUCCUUCACCGAAAGGGUAGGCUAGGCUAGUUGUCGUGAGAUCUCACCUCAUAGUGUAAAGAAUCUUUCAGUCAAACAGAACACUAUACAUGUGCUUGAGGAUGCAAAUAUUUAAGUAGUUGCUUUAAAGUAGAAAUAUAUAUUUUUUAUUUUUAUAACUCUUAUUUUUCUUUUCUUCUCGUGAUAUCGAGCAGGCAGCAGUUUGCUCUCAAUAAUAAUGUUAACACUUAUAAAGAAUGUCAUAUUUCUAGUGCAACCUUAAGGGCAGAGAUGCAGUGUACGCUGUGUGUUGUGAUUAGCACUCCCUUCACAUGCUCUAACCCAUUCAAGCCCGGCUCACUUCUACUACCCAAAAACUCAACCCUCAUUAUGGCUCAGCCUGCUCUGUUCUGCUCAUUUUCCCAACCUCCUCUCGUCAAAAAAGGAACUAAUUGAGCCCUGUUGAGCCAUCACCUCCCUUCGCUGUGCCUGAUUCACUUGAGACUAACACAGUUGGAGUUUUGUGACCCUGCUCUCCACCUCCAACCCACCCUUCUAUGUAUGUUCCACCUACAGUGCGCUAUUAACACCGACGACCCUUUUUGUUAAAACUUUUAACAAAAAGCUGCAUGCUGUUUUUAUUUUAUCCCUGUUUUGUUCCAGUCCCUUCACUUUCUGUUUGUAAAACUUAAUGUUAGUCUCUUUGUGAUCAUAAGUAUUAUUUGUUUGGUUUGUAUGUUCUUGAUAGAAUGCAACACUCUAGUGAAUGAAUAGACACGCUUGGAAUAGUUAAAUUUACAACAGAAAACACAACUUAUAGGGAACUAUCAGUGUAUAUUUGUGCUUGAAUUGUACUGUAGUGUGUAGUGCUAGGAUAGCCGUUCAUAUUUGUUUUCUUGCUGGCCCAUACUUGGGUAUAAAAAGAUGAAAACUGCACAUUUUUGGCCCUUAGUGUGCUAACAAUUCCUGUACACGUUAGAGCAAAAAAGUAUUUGGCAGUCACUAGCUCUGGUUGUUGUCACACUUACAAAGAUUAAAAAUCUGUAAUGUUCAACAUAAGUACACCUCAGCUGUGAAAGACAUAAAAAAGUAUCCAGAAAAUCACAUGGUAUGAUUUGAAAUAAUUUAGUUGGAAAAUGAUCCAGAAAAAUAGGAUGCAGUCUCUCACAAACUACUUCUUCAAGAAUUUCUUCUAUCCUCCACUUGUUACCUGUAUUAACGGCACCUGGCACCAAAGAGCUGUGUAAGGACACCAGAGUCACCUGAACAAGACUGAAUUAAACCAAUUUACAAAAAGCAAACGGCUUGUUUAGAAUAGAUCAAUUGUUGGUACAAUUAUUUAAAAAAUUAAGAAAUUCAAGAUCUCUGACUAUCUCCCUCAACAGUCAUGUAAAUUCUCACCUGGUGGGAUACAAUUGAUUUUGAAAAUUGUAAGAGAAAAGCCCCGAACUACACUGUGGAGCAGGUCAACAACCUUUAGAGAAUUGGAAUUGGAAUCACAGUAACAAAGGUUACUUUUUGUAACACACAAAGUUGUUCCAAAGGUCCCCCCACUUAAAGUAGAACAUGUCCAACUUCAUCUAAAGUUUACCAGAAACCAAGUGGAUGAUCCAGAGGAGGAUUGGUAAAAUAUAAUGUAGUCAAAUGAUACCAAAAGUAACUCUUUGUUAUAAACCAUGUUUGGAAGGGAAUAAUGCAGAGUUGCAUGAUAAGAACACACCAUACCCACUGUAAGACAUGGGGAAGGAAACAUCAUGCUUUGAGCUGCUUUUUCUUCAAAGGGGGCAGUACAACUGAUUUGUCUUAAGGAAAGGAUGAAUGGGGCCAUUUGUGGUGAGAUUCUGGGCAAAAAUAUCCCAUCAGUGAGGGCAUGAAAUGUGGCUGGAUCUUCCAGCAGGACAAUAUCCCAAAUACACAGCCAGGCCAUGAAAGGAGUGCCCACAUUAACAAUAUUUUGAGUUUCUGGAGUGCCCUAGCCAGUCUCUGGACCAUAACCCAAUAGAGAAUCUGUGGAGGGACAGUCUCAAAAUGUCACAACUCUUGAGAAGAUCUGCCUGGAAGAGUGGGCUGAAACAGCAUCUUCAGUGUAAAAACCUGCUGAAAAACUACAGGAAAUGUUUGACCUUAGGGUUAAAUUACAAACUUAUUAAUUGAACUUUUUUACUGACCAAACACUUAUUUUCUGCACCACCGUAAAAAAAAAAAUAUUCAAAAAUCAUAAAAUGUGAUUUCCAGGAAUCUUGUUUUAAAUCCCGUCUCUUGCAGAUGAAAUGUACCUAUGGACAUUAGAGACCUCUCUCAUCUUUAAGUGGAGCAACUUGCAGAACUUGUGACUGACAAAUACCUAUUUGCUUCACUGUAUGUUCUUGGAUGCCUCAAAGCAUCUUUGGUUGAAACACAACAGAAACAACAAUGUGAUUGAAGUCCGUCAUGUGUAGUUGCAGAUAUUGCUUGACAUUAAUCACAAUGUUGAUCCUGUUGUUCUUUGUGUUGUAAAUUUUGAAAAACUCAUCACAACUUUGGCAACUACAUCAACAGUUCUAGAUUUUAUGUGGUAAAUGUUUGCACAAGUUUGAUUUUCAAUGUUAGAAGUGUAAAACUCGUUUGAGCCUGAUUGUUGAUAAUGAUGAUAUACAAAAGAUGCUGGAGGUAUACAGAACAUACACAGCCUAAUGGGGCUUCAAACACACUAUAUGUCUCUCUUUAUAUCUGCACCUCCACAUGUCCUUUCACUCCUGCCUUUUCUGUCCACCAUGGGUCUUAUAAUGGUAAUUCAAGGCCCAUUAGCUCCACUCCUGUAUUUUCCUUUUGCAGUUUUCUCACCACAGCUUUUUUUGUUUGUUUCAUGGUGCUCCCUUGUCAUGGUUCUAGAAUCACAGCAAGCUUGGAGUUUCUGGUCUUCAUUUUGUUAUUGCUAGAUUUCCAUACCUGUUCUGUGUCACUUUUCGUGUACUGAGAUCUUACUCUGUAGCAGAUUAUAUAUGUAUGUGUGCGAUACAUAUAUUACCGUCCCCUUCCCUGUUCCCCUUCACUUAGUGGAUGUAACUUGGUACGCUUCUUUUCUCAAACAUAAAAUGCAAAUUUCUAUUUUCUCCCUUUCUGACCCUUGAAAUGAUUUUUAAAGAACUCCAAAUGUCGGAGAACACCUUAUAGUUUGGUUUUUUUUGGCUGUGUUCUUUCGUAGUUUUCUAUUUUAGCAAAAUCUUACCCGUCAUGUAAGUUUCCCAGUUUUUAUUUCACUCUGCCAGCUGGCCUUACACUCUUUACAUUGAAAAACACGCUGUUACAUGCUGUAGGUGAUGACAAUAAUAGCAGUGGUGAUGAUGGUGGUGGUGGUGGUUGUGCUGAUAAUGAUGGAGUGAUUUGAGUGUUUUUAUUUUGAUUUGUUUUUCACCCGUUCCCACGGGGUAUAGCUCUUCUUAUUAUUGGAAUAUUUUUGGUUUUUUUCUUCUAUUCCCUUUGCUAGGAUAACAUCGGACACCGGCUGCUUCAGAAACAUGGCUGGAAGUUGGGGCAAGGCCUUGGCAAAACCAUGCAGGGUAAGGUUUGUUGACUCCCUUCUGUAUGUCACAGUAUGCUUGUGUGGGUGUCAUUUCUUUCUCCCACUUUGCUGUUGACCUCAGUGUAACACUACUUUUACAGUGUAUCAUAGGCUAAUGGCCUCUGUCAGCUUCCUCUUCUUUGCUUUAUAAUCACUAAACCUUUAUUUCAGUGUGCUUUAAAGUAAACUGCUUUAAGAGUAAAGAUCCAUCUGAAAUCAAGGUAGAUCUAGGAAGUCAUGAUUCCAUCACAUUCCCUAGAAUAAUCAUCUCCAUGUAUUUUAGAUUUUUCUUCUUUGAGUUUCCGUGGCUGAUGUUGGGUAAUCUGAUUGGCUGUAACCACGGCUCAGACUUUGAAUGGCUUGCCAAGUAGAGAAGUUUCCCCCUCUGCCUGUUUGCCUGUCUCUACUUCUAAACCUGUGAAAUAUUUGUACAUGUAUGUGUGAACAUUACGUGGAACUGUGACGGGUGUGCGUGCGUGUGCCUCUGCUACUUACCGGGCCAGAGUCAACUUACAGGGAAACCUCUCCACACUUCUACACACCAAGUCUCUCCCCACAGUUACGGGCUACCAUCCUCCCCCUGUUUCAUUGCUCCUCCUAUUCAGCAUGUUUGUCACAAAGGUGCACUCCUGCCUGCCUUAAACUUUUACUUAGCAGGGGUUUUCAGCAGUGUUGGAGCAUGAAGCCAUCAUAUUUAUGGGAUAAAUUCAUUUUAAAGUUGAGUCUUGCUGCUGCUGCUGUCUUAUAUAUUGUAGCCGAUUUGAGUUGCUGUUGGAAAUUAACUCAAUGCACUGCUCAAAACCUUGCUGGCUCUUUCCUUGGGUACAUUGUUUUGUUUGUCAUGUGUUCUCUUGUUGCUGGGUGUAACGCACCCCAGGUUGCCGGCUCUAGUCUAGUAAGGCAACGAGAGACUUGGGGAGAUUUUCUAACUGGUUCGUGAAAGGCCUAAAGUUCAGAGGGGGAAAAUGGUGGUCCUCGCUUUAACAAUUUCUGAGGCUAACUGUGAUUAUGUAUGCUUUAUAUUCUGGAAAUAUGUAAAACGUGUCCUUUUUUCAAUGUCUUAACAAAUGUAGUUUUAGUUAAGUAUUGCCUUAGUUUCAAGUCACUACCAAAAAUAUUCAUUUCUGUAACAAUAAUGUUGAAUAUGAAGGGGAUUUUGGGUUUACACAUACAGAAAAAUUGCUAAACAGACUUGAUAGUGUUGACCUUCACAUAACGUAAACAUUAUAAUAUUUAACUUCAAGCAAAAAUGUUAAGAUCAGUAACAUUGUAAACAUUGUUCUGCUUCUCCUGGAGGGCGUUUCAGUUUGGCCACUAGGUGGCGAUCGUGCUAUAGCAGCACAUUAGCAGUUCCUUAAAAGAGUUAAUACGAUCCAUGCCUAUGAUUAUAUAAAUAUAUUCAUUUAGUCAGCAAUGUAUGUUUAGGUUGACCAAGCCUUAGCAUUAGCCAUCCUAUGGGAAAUCCCAUUAAAUGUUAGCAUCAAGCUAGCAGACUUUAGCUUCAUGUGCUAAAUCGAUGUAUAUUUUUAUCGAUUUUUGAUCUAUUAAGCUUAAAUCGAUUAAAACCGAUUAGUUUUAUUAACCCAGCCCUUGUGUUACAAUUAAGGAGGGAUCCAAUGUAGAUGAAUAGAAGCGGAACAGGUUAAUCGUGGUAUUUUCUGAGCAUUAAACAGCUCUAUAGAGUUUCUGAGUUAUAUUUGUUUUUUUCUGGAUAAGUAUUACCAUGCGUUCUAGCAUUCAGUUUAUAAUGCAGACAUAUUUCAGUUCCAAUGAAAUGUUGCCAUCAGAAUAUUGUUGUCGUAUUGCAGAUGGUAAUGAAUAAAUACAUAUUCAGAACCAGUUGCGGCUUCAAAUGACUUAACUGGCUAGUUGUAGAGGAAAGGACUUUGGGCCUAUUUAUAGGACACCAGUUGGGUUGUGCUGUGGCGUCAGCAAUGCAGGAGGUUGAUAGCUUGACAUCCUUGUUUCCACUAAUGAACAUUUUUUACACUAUUACUCAGACAUGGCAAACACGUACACCAAUAUAGUAGAGGGUGGUGUUACUCUUCCUAUCGGCUCCAGUUUGCCGCUCAUGACUUUAGAGGCGAGUGCCACAGGCCCAGAGUCAAUGCUCAAGGGUGGCACCAGAGUGAUCACAAAGACUUUGGCUUGACCCAACUGGUGUGCUGCGAGUAGGCCUUUAGUUUUAGUAGAUGAAGUUUUCUUCCUGGAGCUCAUUGAAUGCAUGGAGACACCUCAUUGAAGGCCUGGGGACUGGGACAAGUGGUUUGGAGAGAGUUGUGAGAGGAAAUCCCUGUAAGCACCUAGCCCUAAAAGAAGGGAUGAGGUGGGUGGGGUUAAGGGGUAUCACUUGGAAGUUCUUCUGCUAAUGAACGCCCCUAAACCUCACAGCCACACUCCCAAUCCCACCCUCCCUACUUUAUGUACCUCAAUCUUCCUGCUUAACCAAUUGGUGUUUCUUUUUUACAGCGAUUUGAUCCUGCCCAUGUUGUGCUGAUGGUAAACUUAGUGGACGCACUGACCCUGUACCCAUCAUUGUUAAAUAUGAUGUCAUGGGGAUGGGACGAAUGGAGAUGGAGUUGGACUAUGCAGAAGAUGCCACAGAGAAGAGGAGAGUGCUUGAAGUGGAAAAAGAGGACACAGAGGAACUGCGGCAGAAAUACAAGGACCAAGUGGAAAAGGAGAAAGCCAUUGCAAAAGCUCUGGAAGACCUGAGAGCAAACUUCUACUGCGAGCUUUGUGAUAAGCAGUACACCAAACACCAAGAGUUUGACAACCACAUCAACUCCUAUGAUCACGCUCACAAGCAGAGGCUGAAAGAGCUAAAACAGAGAGAAUUUGCUCGUAACGUAUCUUCUCGAUCUCGGAAAGAUGGAAAGAAGCAGGAAAAGAUGCUGCGUCGACUGCAUGAGCUGGCAGAGCAGAGAAAACAAGACAAACAGAACAGGACUCCAGGAAGUGGACCAAUGUUCAAAACGACCACGGUGGCGGUCGAUGGAGAGGACGGUGAAAGCAUGUUAGUUGAAACCCCUGUUUUGACUGAUGCUAUUCUGGAGGCUGCACCGUUAGAGAAAACUGGUCAGUCCUCCCCAAAACAGGGCCCGGCUAUUAGUUUUUCCCUGGGGAGGAACACCUCCUCCCCAACCCCCAGCAGCUCCUCCAAAUUGGGCGUGUCAUUCUCUUUUGCCAAGAAAGCCCCGGUGAAGUUGGAGACGGCUGCUGCCGUUUUCACCGAUCACUGCGAGGAGGUUCCAGAGGGAGAGGAGAUCCAGGAGGGAGAAAAGGCUGCAGGACAAGAGGAGGCGUCAGGGUGCAUCAUGGACAGCCCAAGAGGAGGAUCUGGAGGAGUGGAGGCAGUAGAGGGAGGCGGUGCAGCUGCUGUGGACGAUGUGCAGCAGCCUGAUAACGGAGCCUCACUGGCCUCCACGCUCAACAAAUUGAAGAUGAUGAUGAAAAAAGAGGAAGGAUAUACUGGACAGGAGCCUCAGUACUACCAUUAUAUACCUCCUGCUCAUUGCCGGGUCAAACCACACUUCCAGUUUCUGUUGUUCAUGAAGGCUUCAGAUCAGAACCAGAGCAAAGAGGACGAGGAAGAGGAUGGCCAGGAGAUGCAAGAGGAAAAAAAGUGCGAAAAAAGUUCUGACCCGAAAGAGUCUAACACUACAGAACCCCAAGACAAUAAAGAAGAGCAAGAAAAUGAAGCUUUAACUACUGAGCCAGAACCAGCUCCUCCAUCACCCAAGGUGAAAACAGAAGAGGAGACCUCCUCAUGUGCAGUAGACGCAGCUUCAACUGCAACAACUUCAGCUGCUUCUACUCAGAAAGAAGAAGAAGCGACUGAUAAAACUAGUUUAAACACUGGUCCAAAAAUCCCCACUGGUCCUUUCUUCCCCGUCCUGAGUAAAGAUGAAAGUACAACCCUUCAGUGGCCGACGGAGCUGCUCGAGUUCACCGAAGCUCAACCCUCCUUGUCUUACAGCUGCAAUCCGCUGUAUUUUGACUUCAAACUGUCGAGAAACAAAAAGAUGCCCGGUGGAAAAGCGGUGAAGUCCCCGAAGUCUGGCGAAGAGGCCGAAAGCAAGAAGCAAGAAGGAACGCCUGCCGACGCAGCGCCUGAACCCGGGAUGAGCGCGGAUGCAGACAAACCGGCGACUAAAGGAGAUCCCAGCCCGUCGGAAAGCGGCGAGCAAAAACCCGCAACCGAUAGUGCGAAGAAAAAAAAGAAGAAGAAGAAGCAUAAGAAGUCUGCAAAGCAUUCAAAACGAAAAGGGAAAGAAAAAGCUCCAGCGGAGGAAGCUGAGGCGGGAACUGAGGUUACUCAGGAAAAGCCAAAGAAGAAGAAAAAACACAAACGGAAGAAGAGCAAAAACAAGAAUCCGAAUCAAGAGGAAGCUACUGGAGAGGAAAAAGAGAGCGUAAAAGCAAAGUCAGAAGACAAAGCUGUGGCGUCGUCCUCUCAGAUAACAACAGGAGCAAAAGAAACUGGAGGAGUGGAACUGGGAAAGAGAAAACGUCCCGCCAAGGAAGUGCCUGCCAAGCCUGGAGCGGAGGAAGGAGGAACGGGGAAAAGUUGUGAGAAGAGCAACUCCUCAGAGGAGCCCAGUGGCUCCAAGAGACACAAGAACGACUCCAGCGCUUCUCAGAGUGCCUCGUGUUCCACUUCUGCUCACAAGAGCCCCGGUCAUGGUAGACCUCCCAGCAGUGAGAGUGAAGAGGAGGGCAGCUCCAACACCCAGCGCUCACGCCACCGCCGGUUAAGCCCGCGGGAACAGCGGCGACACCACAGCGAGGAAUCCAAAAGGUCUUGCAGCCGCUCCUCGAGACGAGGGGAGAGGAGGGGCAGCAGUCGACGCCACCAUCGCGGUCAAGCGUCGCGGAGUCGCUCCUACUCCAGCAGCUCUGAGCGUUCCUCUGCAGCAAGCAGCGCUUACAGCCACCGCAGCCGCAGCUACUCCGACAGCUACAGUGACUACAGCACAGAAGGCCGCAGACGGAGGCGCUCCAAACGGUCGUCAGACUCCGAGUACGAGCGCAGGGGGAGCCGCAGGCGAUCACGAAGACGCGAGUACUCCUCCUCCUCCUCAGAAGAGUCCCGCUCACGAUCGCGCAGCUACAGCCGCCGGAAACGGCACAGGCGACACAGGCGAAGCAGCUCGAGAAGUUCCAGCAGCUGGAGUCGCAGCACGAGCGCGAGGUCUUACCGCCGCAGCUACAGCCGCAGUCGCAGCUCCGCAAGCCGCUCCUCCAGCUCAAACAAAGGCUCCCCUCACCGGCGCAGCACCAGGGGCCGAGGGGAGAGCGACAACACCCGCAGAGACUUCAACCGCUCUCGCAUCUACCGCUCCCAGUCCCCGAGGACGUCGUCGUCACGCGGCCUCAGCCGGAACACCUCCAGCUCGCAGGCGCUGCGGUCAGGGCUGUCCCGAGACGCAGGGGAGCAGAAAAACACUCUCACUGCACGGCAGCUGCUGGAAAAAGUUCAGUCCAAGAGAAGUUCAGAUGAUUCUUCCUCAGGAACCAAAUCUGGGAUUAAAAUUAAGGAUCCACCGCAGGGCUAUUUCGGUCCAAAACUACCCCCAACCCUGGGAAGCAAAGCCAUGUUGCCGCUUUAUGGCAAGCUGCUGGCGGGGAAGAAGCCUAUAAUUCCCCUGACCAGACCUGACGACGGAGACAAGUAUGGCCUGGGGAAAGGCUCCGAUGAGAAAGAGGUCAUCCUGGUAGAGCCCAUCAGAGAGUUUCCUCCUCCGCCGCCGCCUCCGGCUCCACCAGUGCAGAAGGUGGAAGAGACUCCACAGAUGACAGUCGCACAAGACGAGACGCAGCAGCUCCCCGCCGCAGAAGAUCAAGAUCAGCAAGAAAACCGGCCGCUGUUUGAGCAGGACCCUUCCAUAAUGAUGCCCCAGUACCAGUUAGAACCUGGACAGGACCCGUCCCAGAACCCCGUGAUGGAGUCGAUGAUGCCUGAGAUGCAGCAGCAGCAGCCGCAGAUGCACGCCUACCCUGCUUACCCGCCUCCUAAUCUGGAGGAAGAUGGAAUCGAAGCGGAGGAGGACGGGCUGGCGCCUUUGGAGAGUCAGCCAAUCACGUUCACGCCUGAGGAGAUGGAGAAGUACAGCAAACUGCAGCAGGCCGCACAGCAGCACAUUCAGCAGCAGCUUUUGGCCAAACAAGUCAAAGCCUUUCCCUCUGCAGCAGCAGCUGCUGCAGCCGCCGCUGCAGCUGCUAAUUUAGCGCCUGCCCCCCCUCCACAAGCCCUGCAACAGAUACACAUUCAGCAACCGGCUGUGUCUGUAGCCUCCGGCACGUCCAUCGCCACAGUCCAACACGCCAUCCUGCAGCACCACGCAGCUACCGCCGCGGCGAUGGGCAUCCAUCCGGCGCACGCCCACCACCCUCAUCCUGCACACGCCCAGCUGGCCCAGGUGCAUCACAUUCCCCAGCACCACCUGACCCCCAUCUCCCUGUCUCCUCUGGGUCACUCACUCAGUCAUUCUUUGGGACACUCUCUGGGACACGCGGGUUUGAUUCCCGCCCACCACACCGCCUUCCUCUCCGGUCAGCCCAUCCACAUUAUUCCCGCUUCCGCUCUUCACCACACCCCUCUGGCGCUCCACCACGUUCCCCACACCGCCCUCUACCCGGCGCUCUUCACCCCCCGCCCCUCCCAGGCUGCUGCUGCAGCGGCCCUCCAGCUCCACCCGCUUCUGCACCCCAUUUUUUCAGGACAGGACCUCCAGCACCCCCCAAACCACGGCUCCUGAGGGACGCUUAAGGGUUGAAGCAUUCGGUUUUGAUUAUGUGUUAAACCACAACGUCCAGUAAAACUACGAUUUUACUGAUCCAACGACAUGAAUUAUUGAGCAUUAAGUCAUCAAAGACUAUUAUUACAUGAACACCCUCCACAGAUUUGAAACAUUUUGAACCCGUCAUGUAAAUCAGUUUUUGUUUCUCCAGAAUUUUUUUUAAAAUUGGGGCAGACUUUUAGACCUUCAGCUCCAAAAUGGGAUGAAUUAUUGAUAAAGUAAACCACUGGACUUUUUUUCUAAACACAUUAUGUUCAAGUUUUUGGCUCACUAAGCCAAAAAGACUUAAGAUUAAAACAUUUGGGGACAGCAAAAAUUAAGUGGUUUUGUCCCAGAGACACACAAAUCCUGCUGUAUAACAGGAUGUGCUCAACAUGUCUGAUUUCUAGGUUUUGUUGUCAUUCUGUUUUGGAUUUUUUGGUAUCACAAUGAUUUGUAAUGCAGUAACGUGUAUAUAUAUCAAUGUAUAAUGUAAAGAAACCCGCCGUUUAUAACCAUAAAAGUACAAACGUGGUGUUGAGCUGGCAUGUUGCCGAAGGAAAUGUGAGGGUUUUGAUAUGCGAUACACUUAAAACAAACUCUAUGUCCCCCCGUUUGAGGGAACGUGAAAAAAAUUGCACUGAAAUCUGUACAUCAAAGUGGUGCUUUUGCAUCAUGUAACAAUAUACAUUGUAGAAUACUGCAAUAAUGUUUUUUUUGUUUGUUUUAAAUUAUUUAGGUAAAAAAAGGCUCUUCAAUUGAAGGGCCGUGUUUUUUUUUGUUUUUUUUUUUUUGGCUUUUGUGUAAUUUUGUAAAUAAAAGUUCUGUAGAUGAUUAACGCUCUAAAGGGUUAAAGAAGCAGACUUGAGUCGGUAUGUAUUUUACCAAAACCUUGUUUCUAAAUUCUUCCAGCUGAGAGGGGCUGGAACAGCAACCGGGUGGUCUUGUCAGUCAGUAGCAACUAUGUAUUUUUUAAAAACAUAACUUUGUUCCAAAAAAAAACAAAUAAAAAUCUUGAGUUCCUGUGUUUUA